GCGGGACGUUUACUUUGAAGGUCCUCUUCUCAUUUCGUUCACUAGAAGUACAUUGUAGAGAGGAACGCGUGCCGAGAGUUUAUGUGAAGCGAGACUGUGCUCUGCGCUUCUUUCUAUCAUCUUGGGAUUGGCAUUUUCUUUAUGUUCGGAUAGACCAGUUAUAUCUUUUUAAUGACAACAAUUUGAGAUUAUGUAGAUUACAACUACUAACUUCGAAAUCAAUAAGAUUGUCUGUGUUUGGUGAGUCCGGCUGAAGAUUUCCUCUUGGAAUCCGGGGGGAGUGCGGAACGGAACUAUGAACGUUACUGGAAUAAUUGCUUUUUGCCAUUUUGCCAUUUUUUCUUGCGCUGAAGAUAUUUAAAGGGAAAACAACUAAUGGACUCUCGGUUGGGAUUAUAAACAAAAAAGUAAACUGCAACAAAUAACGACAUAUAGCAGUUGUGUUUGGGGACAAAAUGAAACCGAUCCGAUUCUCGGCUAUCGAAAUGAGAGCUUUAUGAGUCAUCUUCAACUACUGUCCCUGCUUAAACCCCAGUUGCGUUGCGCUCCAAAUGAAAGAUUCUCUUAGUGGAUCUAAGACGCACUGUGUACGCCAUUUGAAACCUGAACCAACAAUCUGCGAUAGUGACCAUAGCUGUAAAUCUCCCCAAAGUGUUGGAAUACAAAGCUCUCCUGUUUCUGCACUGACACCUCUGGAUCCUAUUCGCCAAGCAAAGCGAUUACCCAUCAGGAUUCUCAAGAUGUUGACCGCUCAUGCAAGCCACUUGCUUCACCCGGAAUAUCUUCAGCCCCUGACUUCGGCAGCCGUUAGCAUUGAGUUGGAUGCCAAGAAGAGUCCCUUGGCCCUGUUGGCUCAGACCUGCUCCCAGAUAGGGAAGCCAGAUCCUCCAGCCUCCUCCAAGCUGAGCUCCAUCUCCUCUGACAAAGAGUCCAGCUCUCGUUCCUCUUCCUCCAGCUUGAAGCUGGGUGAGCACCGGCCUGCCCUGGAAGACAAGUCCAGCUUCAAGCCUUACUCCAAGGUGGGCUCGGAUGGCAGGAGGGAUGGGGUGAGCUCAACCAACAGCAGUGGCAGUAACAGCAAUGGCAAUGACAAAGCCGGCUUCCGGGUCCCCCACAACAGCACUGGUUGCUCAUCUUUUCCCCCUCAUGCCGUCUCGCCGAACUCUAGGGUCGCCUCUGGGUCACCCCUGCAGUCACACAUGCAGUCGCACAGACAGACGCAGUCACCCUCCACCCAGUCGACUCCUCACUCGCAGAUGGUGAACGGGGACCACAAAUCAGCAGACUCUACGAACUCUGACAAUGGAAGCAGCAGUGGCAAGAAGGAGGCCGAACUGAGCGGCAAGGCCAGCCAGGACGGUGCGCUACUGGCUAACUCGAGCCAUGCUAGGGCUAGCGUCAACUCCAGCAAUGGCAGCUCAGCCAGCAGUCCCCGCCACGAGGGCAAGGCAGACUCCCAGUCCUCUCAGCCUAGCCUGGGGCCAGGACACAUCGCUCCCAUUUCUCCCUUCAAAUCUGGCCACUCAGUCUUCCCCCUGCCUUCUUCUGGCAUGGGCUACCAUGGCUCUAUUGUGGGAGCCUAUGCUGGCUACCCCUCCCAGUACCACCACGGUUUGGACCACACGAAGUCCAGCCUCGGGGGAGGGAGUAUAGGAGUCCCAGGCAAACACCCGAGCUCCAGCCCCCUCACCGGGGCCUCUCCACCCUCCUUCAUGCAGGGCUUGUGCAGGGACCCGUACUGUCUGACCUACCCCAACGCCCCUCACCUGGGCGGUGGCAGCAGCUGCACUUCCUGUAUCCACGACCCUUCUUCCUCCUCCUCGGCACUCAAGCCUGGCUUCCCUCUGGUGUACCCGGGACACCCGCUGCACUCGCUCCACGCCAGCUCGCUGUCCUCCAGUGUCACGCCGUCUCUGUCCCACCCGCUCUACACCUAUGGUUUUGUGCUGCCCAACGACCCCCAUCAGCAUGCGUGCAACUGGGUGUCGGCUGGCGUUGGCCCCUGCGACAAGCGCUUUGCCUCCUCAGAGGAGCUCCUGGCGCACCUCCGCACGCACACCACCUCCCUGCACGCCUCUGCGCUCGACAGCGCCAAGCUCCUGUCGGCGUACCACUCUGCAGCGUCAUCUGCUUCCGCUGCCGCUGCCGCCGCUUGCCACCUCCACCUGCCCCAGAGCAGCCCAAACUCUAUGCCCAGCUCCUACUCUCUCCGGGCACCGCACAGCCUGGGUCUGGCACGCUACCACCCCUACGGAAAAAUGCCCCUUCCUGCUGCUGCUCCUACUCUGCCUAUGCACUCCCUGCAAGCUGGUUCGCCAUACUACUCACAAUACGCCCUCUAUGGGCAAAGACUGGGACCUGCAUCCGCACUGGGCUACCAAUGAGUCAUGAGCACAGCGCAGCCAGCUGGGAGCUAGCUUGUGCCUGCAUAUACCCCUCACCUGAUUGAUUAAGGGAAGAAAAUGGGGCACGAUUGCAUGCCAACGGACUGCUUGGGCACACCAAGAAGAGCUACUGGAAGAGUUGAUCGUGUAUCCAUGUUGUGCCAGAGGCUGAAAGUGAUGGCUGACCUGGGUGGGGCGCAAUAUCUGAGUGUUUCCAGACUUGGGAAGACUGUUGACUGUGAACGUGCUUGUGAUGCAGAGAAGAUGUCUCCUAUUAGAGCUGUGGCGGCAGAGAAGCUGGAUGCAUGCAAGCUUAGACCCUGACUGUGCAAUGGGAUAGGGCUUUCAGAGUGACAGGAACCUGCCAUCCAUGGACUGACCAAUUGUAUUUAUUUUCUACAGAGUGCUUUGCUUUCACGUUUAUAUUCAAAACUACAUUUGUUCUUAAUUAUUCGUAUUACUAUGAUUGUAAUUAUUAUAACAGAUAUCAACUUAAAAAAACAAGGUUUAUGGUCCAUGACCACUGAAAGACCAUAGAAAAAACAGCUGCAAGCUACAAAACAAAUGAUUUUCUGUUUUCCUCUGUUUCAUAAACUUUCUUUUAAUCUCUUUUCACGUUCUUAGCUUUUUUUUGUCGGCCUUUGCGGUAUGAAUGUGCAUGUCGAACCCUUCCCUCCUGGGCUUUGAUGACGCUUGAUAUUUUUUAUUUGUACAGCUGAUGAAUAAACUGUAAAAGAGAUGUAAUAUUUUUUGUAACGUGUCAGAGUGAAAAGACGGGGUAGCAAGAGGAUUUAGAAAAAGAAAACAUGGUGGCAGUGCUAUCCAUUUUAAACUUGGAGGUCUUAUUUUGUUAAAUAAAUGACAUGGUUAUAUUUAA